AUGACGCGUUGCGUGAAAAUAGUCGCGAACACCACCUCACUUUCGUUAGCAUCGACCUUACGACAAUAUUCAUUUCCUGCUUUUCAAUCCCGUUGGCGCCGAGGCGUCAGAUCGGGGUCUUGCGCGCCCCUUGACCGUGAACCAUCGCAUCGAGUACAACUGAAUCAAAGACAAACUUGGAUUUGGGGCUAUUCGACGAUAGGUGUAGCAGACUCGCUUCCGCGUGAGACCAAAAUCCUCAAGGCUUUGUCUAGUCCGCUUCCGUCGUCUCCACCUAUGCAUCCUGAAUGUCGUUUAGUACCUGUCUUACUGGAUGAGUUCAAAUUGCAAGGUCCCAAUGGAAUACAUACGUGCUAUACGAGAGAUCUCCUCAGCCGCCUGUUUUCGCUCGAUAUUGCUCGAGCAAUAUCAUAUAGACUUACACAGGCCGUCGCUUAUACUCAUUCACGAGGCUAUGUUCAUGGAGGUAAAUUGAUACGAAAUAUUGCUGGUUUAGAUAUGCAAUUACGCAACGUUUUGGUCAAACUCCCGUCAAGUUUUGAUGACUUUUCCAUCAACCAACUAUAUGAAAAUAACGGCGAACCCGAGACAGUUCCUGUCAAGAGAUGUGACGGAGAACCACUGUUUCUAGGAAAAUAUGCGGAGAAGUUCUCAUUGGCCGAUGCAUAUCCUCUUCUGAGUGACUUUGGUGAGGCGUUUUCACCGGCUCCGGAAGUUCGCCUCGGGCAAGACUGCCAUACAUCACCCUCGUUUCAAGCUCCAGAAGCCAAAUUUGAAUCGCAGAACCCGCUUACAUAUCCUUCAGACAUCUGGGGCUUGGCUACUGCGAUCUGGGAGCUCGUUGGAAUGAUGGCCAUUUUUAGCACCGAUUUUGUACAUGAGGAUGAGAUAAUCGCUCAGUAUGUCCACCAGCGUUGGGAAGGACGGCCCCGAUUUUUGAGGAGGAUGGGUCCCCAACAGCGUCCUACAGUCGAAAUAGAUGGCCUCCGUUCCAGGAGUCAUUUGAGCUUGGUGUGCGGAAAUGGAGACAGAAAGUGUGCAGGCGAGAUUGAGGAGGAGGAGGAGGAGGAGGAGGAGGAGGAGGAGGAGGAGAAAGCUGCAUUUCUGGACUUGAUCAUCCGAAUGCUCUCGUUCAGGCCGGAGGAGCACCCGAGUGCUGAAGAGGUACUGAAAUCGGAGUGGAUGAUCAAAUGGGUAUUGCCUGAUUACAUGCGAAAGCAAAAAUCAAUCCUUGUAGCGCGCGUACCCCUUGAGAGCCGUGCGUCGGUAGUCAUAUCGAAGGAUGAGCAAAAGAAUGAGCACCAAAGUUGCCUGGAGACGAGCAGUUGA